CAGACAGACAGAACCUCCGCAAUUCAGAGCCCUCCCCUUCACAUCUGCAGCAACAACGUCCUCGACAUGGCAACGGACAGCACGUCUUCUCCCCAGGCCCUCGGUGCAUUGACCACAACGCGCAACGAUGUCAACCUCACUAGACGCGAACGCAAGAGGGCGAGCGAUCGUAUGUCACAGCAGGCAUCCCGCGCAAAGACAAAAGCAUACAUCGCGCAUCUCGAGAGGAGUGUCGCAAGACUCACAGAAGCCCAAAGUAAUAAUGGGCCGAACCUUUCUGAACAACUACGACAGCAGUUCGACGAAAUCGCCAGUUUGAAACAGGCUUUGGCGCAAAUCGCUAAGCUUGCAACCAACUCCAUCUACGUGGAAGAUCGCAUUCACUCUAAGUCUCGUCCGAGUAACGUGCAGGGCUCCAGACACGUCCCAGAUACAUAUAAUCCAGCAUGCCACCCCCAUCAAGAGUCACUCGACCGUCUAUACCCAUCGCUCGAUCUCAACUGCGGCGAUAAACAGCGCGAUUACUUCCAAGUCUUCAGCCAAGCGCUCGUUACCAUCGAGAGCGACGCGAGCGGGCACGCUUUCUCGGACCCCGAGAUCGAUGACGACAUUAAUAUCAGGGCGGUGCUGGACGGCUGGGAUGCUGCGAGGGCGAGGAACCCGUUCGACAUCGGCUGGCUGAUGUUGCAGACUGUCGAUGAGGGGUUUCUCUGGCGCAGCGGGGCAGUGGAAAGGAUGGCGAUGCUCCGGGUGAUCCGGUCGAUGCUCAUGGUCAAACUCAAUCCACAACUUCCACCGAGCAGGAGGCCGCCUGCUUACAUGAAUCCAAGUCCAUUGCAAUCCCAGACGGACCAUUCAAGGCUGGUCGAUUACUUCGUAUGGCCCGAAGUACGCGAUUACCUCAUCCUUUUCGGCAUCAACUACGCGCCCGAGAGUCUCGCUGCUCAAUUCGCUAGCGAUAUUGGAUUCAGAUGGGCAUACGACCUGAGAGAUACAUGCAGGUAUCAGCCCGCGAAGGGGAUAUAUAGUUUCUCCGAGGACUUCAAUCUAGCGUACAGGAACCUGGACUCGUGGUAUAUGAAGUCUACAGUGGUAACGACCUACAUACCGCCGUUGCCUUCUAACCUAUUGUAUGCGGGGUCAGAUGAUGAUGACUGGCUGAAAGAGAUAACGAGUGAUGCUCAAGUAUCUCCAGAAUCUGCUCGUCAUAUCGAGGAAGAAGGAGAGCGAGACUGGCUACUGUUGACGGCGAUGCUUGACGAAAUUCCUAAAUAG